CUGUGUUUCUAUUUUCGCCCGGCUCCCUCAGACGGCUCGCUCAUGGCUGGCUGCAGGAGCUACUUACGAGGCCUGUCGAUCUGCGUGACCGUGCUGCUGCUGGUGUCCGGCGUGGUGAUGAUCGGCGUCGGCUUCUCCCCCAUCGAUGGCAACAUCCCGGCAGCAGAGUUGUUCGACCAGCUGUCCAGCAGCGACGGCCUGCUGGUCCUGCAGGUCUUCGGCCCGCUCACCGUCAUCCUGUCGGUUCUGGGGAUCUGCGGCGCGUCUCUGGACCUCAAACCUCUGCUGCUGGUGUUCUCCACUCUGAUCUUCGUGGAGUUCGUGGCUCUGAUGGUCGUCGCCUCGCCGCUGGUUCAGGUUCAAGCUCAGAUGGACGGCGCCGUGGACGAGCUGUUCCUGAACGUGACGCCGCUCCACAGGGCCGACGGCGGCGUCCAGCGCGAGCUGAACAAACUCCAGAGCUCGGAUUCCUGCUGCGGUCUGAGGAGUUAUGAAGACUGGGACAAUCGACUUCCUGUCUCCUGUUUCUGCGACCCUCCCGUCACGCCCUUUGACCUGCAGUCCAGCUCUCAGCAGAGGAACUCCAGCUCCGAGGGGCCGUGUGUGAAGCUGGACGGCGGGAUUCACCCUGCCGGGUUCUGGGUUCACUCCAAGCCCUGCGGUCCGAUCCUGAAGAGCUACGUUGGAUUUCCCAUCAAACUGAGGAUCGGAAUCAUCUCAGCCUUCGCCACCAUCACGGUGGCGGCCAUCGCUCUGUGCCUGGCUCUGGGUCUGGAGGAGUACUGGAAGACGCCGCCGGUGGAAACCACGGUGGACGAGUUCAACCGAGUGAAGUACCAACCCAAACCUACCCUGACCUAACGACCCCUCCCCCACCUCCACAAGACUCCCAGAAUCCUUUAAGUUUUCGUCAAGAUUUUCAAAAUCCUUGAGGAUUUCUUCCAGACUUUGUCAGGAUUUCUUCAAGAAUCUGUUGAGAUCUUCAGGACUUAUUUAAGACUUUGUCAAAGACACUUCAGGACUUUUCUGCCUUCCUACUCGAAGAUUUCAGGACUCCACGGUUUGAACACACAGGUGUUUUUUUAGUUAUCUACUUUAAAUCUUACUCUAAGAGAGAAGGAACAUGAGAAAAAAACCAGGACCCUGAAUUUUAUUGUCCUGCGGACAUUAAACAAACCGAUCCGGUUGUGAAAUCCGAGUGAAUGUUUGGAAAAACCAAAGCCAGAAACACACAAAGCUGCUCAGAGAGACGACUGAACCGGAAGAAGGAAAGAAACCGUCUCCUCUGUCGGUGUGCUGCAGUUCCAGCCUGCGGCCACAAGGUGGCAGUGCAGACAUGAAGCCAGCAGCUUGAUGUUUGAAACGAUGGAAACUUUCCUCAAAAACCCCCAAACAUUCAAAUGUCUCGGAAUUUAUUGUGACAGAAAUAAUUGGAAAAGUGAAGUUGAAUUCUAUUGAAAAGACAAUAAACUUCAUAUCUACGUCUUUUUUUUUUUAUUAUUUUUUUACAUUUCAAUGUUUCAGCUUUAAAGGUGUGUGUCACACAACACUUUUGU